ACACGUAUCAAUUUAUAAUUAUUCUAAGUUUCCAUAACAUUAUAAACUGAAAUCAAAAUCUAUGUUUAGUCAAAUUUGUUAAUUGUUUGUAUAUUGUAGCACUUUUAACUUGUUCAAACGUUUAACAGGAAGUUUGAAAGGAUUUUGUUUCGCCUCUUUCGAAUCAAUCGUUUCCGAUAAAAAUGUCACCACUACAACACAUGCUCAUCUCUGCUGCACAAAAGUUGCUGUGUCCACGGAAGAAACGUUUAUCUUCGUCCACAUGUCUUGAUGUGAUCGUUCAAAUAAUGGCUGUGGAUCUGGGGGUCAAACCUGUGUUUCUUUACGACAGUAAUGCUGCGUCUUCAGAGCAGCUUCAGACGUACCUUAAAUCUCUACAGGAGUCUGGAGUUGUAACCAAUCCACUACGGAUUCUGUCCAUUGAUGAAAACACUUUCAUUUUUAAUCCUACCACGAUUGAGUCCCACUUGGAUGAUCUUCUCAGAAGCAAAAGUCUCCUUCUGAUUGACGUAUGUUCCUCCAGAAAACAACCCGUGCUGGGUGGCUUUGAAAAGACAACCGAGCAUAUGACCAAAACUCUUUCAGAAUUCUUCAAGAGUGAGCUGGAGAAAGGCUCUUCAGUGAUUUUGUUGAGAGAGGAGCUGUAUAAUGACUGGAACUUGUGCACUCUGUUUGGAAUCCUGUUAGGUUAUCCAGCUUCAUACUGGUUUGAUCAAACUAGAGGAUUUGGGAACUGUCUGUGUAUGACACCACUGGUGGUGAGCACGGUUUGGGUCAAAUGGCAGAUACGUGACACAAAUCAUCGCUGUUGUCUUUAUUCAUUCAGUGUUCCCGAAGAGCUCUGGUCAGAGGUACAAAGUCAUGUGCAACGCUGGACUGAGCAUCUGCGUGAGAGAUUUAACAAACAGCCAGUUCUGACUGAUCUCUGCUUUUCUAGAGAUACUGUCACUUUGCCCUCUGUGACCCUUUAAAUAAACCUGAUUUACAUGUUUUUUAUUAAAUGUUUUAUCCAAUA